AUGCAUACUCUCCUUCAGCUCUACAUUACAUGUUUGUUACAAAAAGAAACUGGGGUCGUAAGUAUGGGAUGCAGCUUGAUCUCAGGUCUGAUGACUUCAGCGGAGACUACUAAUCAGAGCGAAAUUGCCUCAGACCAGUCAACCAUAGAGCCGGACCAUCUAUGUAGGACUUCUAACAACUCUGAGAAUACUUCCGCUUUUUACUCUAUGGUUACGUCACGUGCUUAUUCUCUUCCGUCUCCGCGAGGGGGAAACCGGGUUGACGGCGCGCGUGCGCAGUGGAGACUUCCUUCUCUUUCUGCGGGCCAUAGCGGUGGCAAGAUGGCCAAGCGAACCAAGAAAGUUGGCAUUGUGGGUAAAUAUGGUACCCGAUAUGGAGCUUCCCUGAGGAAGAUGGUGAAGAAGAUUGAAAUUAGCCAGCAUGCUAAGUAUACCUGCUCCUUCUGUGGCAAGACCAAAAUGAAGAGGAAAGCUGUGGGAAUCUGGCAUUGUGGCUCUUGCAUGAAAACAGUGGCUGGUGGUGCUUGGACAUACAACACUACUUCAGCGGUGACAGUGAAAUCUGCCAUUCGAAGGCUGAAGGAGUUAAAAGACCAGUAGAAACCUCUUCUUCUCCUAACACUGUCUUAUAUGCUUCCAGUUUCUCAGUCUAUUGUUUGGAUGGUUGUUUUUUUGUCAAUUAAAGGUGGUUGUGAAUCUGGA